CAACGUGCACCUUCCUGCGAGACUGGAAAUAUGGGGGGAAAGGGUGUCGACAUACCCUAUAUGAAUGUAGAAUCGAAAGUUAAAUUAUUCUCUACAGACAAUGUUACGAAUGAGUCGAGCGUUCACUGAGUAUAGAGUCAUCCAACCAGUGACCCGGUCGUACUCGAAUGUCCGUUUCAAAGAUUUGACAACCUUUUCCCCCCAUCCAUGACCAGGAGGUGGAACUCUGAAGGUUGUUAUAUCACAAAGCAGAGAGAGUCUAAGUUGGUAUAUCCAAGCACCUUGAAUCGAAUGAUAUUUGAAUGCCUAUUCAGUGUAACUCGUCGUAGAGACAAUGUUCAGAAGUCAAUCAUACACCCGUCCACACUUCAAUUUGAAUUUCACUUCAACGUCAACGAUUGCCCCGGGCACUCGUGUGAAGCAAUUACAGAAGAAGCGCCUCCGGUGACAGUGGUGUGAACUCCCAGGCUAAGCGCCGUCCCCUCCUUCGACAUCAGAUAGCCCUCCAAAACUUGCUCUGAAAAGACCAACCAUGCAAAAGACUAUUCUACUUGUCACUGGUGCCACCGGUUACGUCGGAGGAAGUGUACUUAGCCAGCUUUUGAGUCGUUCAGAUGUAGAUAGCUUCGAAUUCCGAGCUAUCGUUCGAUCCGCCGAAAAAGCUGAGAAGUUGAAGGCGUUCGGGGUUUUCCCGAUCCUAGGAUCUCAUUCAGAUGAGGAUGUAAUGGUGGAGGCUGCAUCGGAGGCAGAUAUCGUAUUGUUGAUGGCUGACUCUGAUAACGUUAAAAGCAUUGAGGUGACUUUGUUGGGCCUCAAAAAGCGGUAUGAAUCCACGGGAAAGGCUCCAGUGCUCAUCAACACCUCAGGAACUGGCAUGCUAGCUGACGACGCCAUUGGAAUGUAUUCAAGCGACGUGAUCUGGGACGAUGCCUCUCCGGAGCAGCUUGAAAAUUUGCCUCCGACAGCCCCACAUCGCCCUGUGGAUCUGCGCAUCCUCGCUGCCGAUAAAGAAGGUUACAUCAAGUCUUACAUUAUCGCACCCUCCGCUAUUUAUUCUAUUUCCCGAAAUCCGCUGGUCGUCGCAGGAAUUUCGAACUCUCAUAAUAGGUUGUGGAGUUUCCUGAUCCCCAUCUCCCUCGUACGAGGACAAGGCGGUAUGGUCGGAGAAGGUAAAAAUAUAUGGCCCAAUGUCCAUAUCGACGAGCUUGUCAUAUUGUACGAUCUCCUCUUGGAUUCUAUCCUCAAGAAUCCGACCACCACUUCCCACGGACGUGAAGGAAUCUUCUUUGCUCACAGCGACGAGUACAAGUUCUAUGAUGUGUACAAGCGGAUCGCUGAAGUUCUGUUCAAGCUGGGUAAGGGAAGAAGUCCUGAACCGACACCAUUUGAAGAAGACGAACUAAAGCGUUUGAUGAUAGCUAACUACCUCGGUUGCAACUCUCGCUGUAGGAGUAGUAACGCAACCAGGUUGGGAUGGAAACCUGUGAAAACUACGAAUGAUUUUCUCGACAGCAUCGAGGCUGAGGUGAAACACCAAUUGGUCGGACGUAUGGCGUAGUACUUGGGACGGAACAUCCAACUGUCAGCUCAGCUCCACUCCGUUGACAAUAUUUCUGGGUAGCGAAUAACUGUAAACCUCUGGGUCUGACAUCUAAGCGAUUGGCCCAGAAGUAGACGAGGUCAAGGGAACGACUCCCUUUCGACUAUUACCGCUGGACAUAACUGUACGCUGUUCACCGAUUCCGAAACUUA